GGGACCUACUGUGCAUUAGUGCAAAAGAGAAAGAAAACGCAAACCUUCCUGCCGCGAUGAACUGCUGAUCUCUCACCUGCCCGCGAGCUCAUAUCAAAGGAACAUAAAGCGAGCUUCGCAUAAUAAUUAAUAAUAUAUCAACGUCGGCGUGUACGUGUCCUUAGAGCACGCGCAUGGGGUGCUUUUCCGACGCCGUGGCAUAUUUUUAAUUCUGCGCGAUAAUCUCUGGCUACAUCGUGUCACGGACCCACCGAUGCCGUCGUCGCUGCUGUGAACCGCAUACUUACCGUCAGUGCGCGAGUUACUGCACACGCGAACUAUAUAAAUGGGUGAGCUGGGCUCCCUCAAGACUGAAUAGUUGUUCUAGGCUAUGGCCAAUUUGAAUUUUGAACAGCCACCAAGAAGCUUGACUAAUACCAGCUUAGCACAGCGUGGAGUUAGCAGUGGAAAUAGUCUCAACAGUUCGACCCUAGCGGGUCAUGUCACUCCUACAUCAGGAAUGUUUUCCGGAUCGUCAACUAGUGCACCAGGUGCAACAAAUUCUUCAGUUAUUGGACCCAAUUUAUCCUAUCAUCCCGGUGGUACAACCUCUGGAAUUGGUAGUGUACAAACGAGCUCCAAUCAUCAGGCACAGCAACAGCAACAUCAACAGCAGCUAUCUCCUAUGAAUAGUAGGGGAUUAUUUGGACAGAGAGCAUUUACUGGCGAUAGACGUAACAUGCCUACUUUAGGCAACACUAACCCAAUGGGUGGUAUGAGCAAUUUUGGCAUACCUCAAAAUCGUAGCUACGGAUCUCAAAAUACCAUCAGUAGUUUUCAUUCAGCAUUUGGCAGUGGGUCAGGCGGGGGUGGUGAUACAAGUACACCUCCUAUAUUAGACUUAUCCGAGUUUCCUUCAUUAACUAAUAGAGGCCAAGGAGAUUCCUCCAUGCCCCAACCUAGUCCAAUGCCAGGCAAACAACCAUACGUUUCAUUUAAAUUCUCUUCAGUUGGAAUGGUGAAGCAGCCUACAUCGGAAUCAAGUGAAUUCACAAUGAGUUCAGAGGACUUUCCUGCGUUACCAGGAACACAAAAUAGAGAUGGUCCAUCGCCGGGUGGUAGUGGGUUGCAGAGUGAAAAAAAUAUGAAUGUUGGUUUAGGUCCAGAAUUAAAUCCAGACGUAUUACAAUCCAAUAGAUCUGCUUCUGAAAAAGCGCAAUCUGCGAAAAAAGGCAUUCAAACGAGUCCAGAUGGUAAAGUGACGAACAUACCAGCGAGUAUGGUCAAAGAUCAAUUCGGAAUGGUAGGACUAUUAACGUUUAUCAGAGCAGCGGAAACGGAUCCAAACCUCGUAACACUAGCACUAGGUCAAGAUCUCACGGCGCUUGGACUGAAUUUAAACUCGCCCGAUAAUUUGUAUCAAAAUUUCGGUGGUCCCUGGGCGGAAACGCCCUGCCGGCCACAGGACAUAGACUUUCACGUUCCACCCGAGUACCUCAUUAAUUCAUCCAUCAGGGACAAACUGGCACCUGUUAAGUUAAAUCGAUAUAAGGACGAUCUCUUAUUCUACAUGUUUUAUACGAACUGUGGGGAUGUCUUGCAAUUGGCAGCAGCAGCAGAAUUGUAUACUCGAGAAUGGCGGUACCAUAUGGAAGAAAAAGUGUGGAUAACGCAAGCGCAAGGUUUAGAACCCGAAGAAAAAACAGCUACGUACGAGCGUGGUACUUAUUACUACUUUGAUGCGCAAAAUUGGCGCAAAGUGGCAAAAGAAUUCCAUCUAGAGUACUCAAAAUUGGAAGGUAGGCCUCACCUGCCUAGCAGCUUCCAUCAAGCUCAGCCUUGACCAGGGCAAAUAUCGCCUCAGCCGCAAGCGCCCUCGCCUAUAUCCGCCCACGCGACCAGGUGAAUUGUGUCCAAGAAGUUGUAGUAAUGAGCAUCGACGUAUCGCGCAUGGAUUAUAAUGGAGGGCAGCCCACGAUUUGUUAAUAUACUAUACAUACAUACACAAAUAUUCUACAUACACACACAGAAUUGAAAACAAACACAUAAUCUUAGCUUUUUAUGUAAAGCUAUAAAACAAGCCUCGUACUGUUCAACAGUUUUGAGGCAAUUGAGCCAUUGUAUAAAUAUAUACUAACUGAUCAAAUUCAGCAUUCUUUAAUAAAACACGAAAAAGAAACAAUUAAAUCGACCGGGUUGCACGUUUACAUUAUUAUUGUUAUUAAAGACAGUGUGAGAAAGGGAUAAAAUCCUCUUUGAUAUGUUGUUGCCGUCAUUAUGAAUUGCUCGGCAUUUACGAAUUAAUUACUUGUACAAAUAUUAAUUAUUAAUUACGGAAGAGGUUUUCUAUUCUCGAAACGAACGCAAGGAUUAUUUUAUUGUGUUGUAUUACUAUUUGCAAGAAAAACAAAGAAAAAAUGUUUAGCGAAGA